AUGUCCUGGGUCCAGGCAGCCCCGGGGGUCUGGGCUGGCGGCGAGGAGGGGGACGUGUUUGACGAGGAAGCAGACGAGUCGCUCCUGGUGCAGCGGGAAUGGCGGAGCCAGAUGCGGAGACGAGUGCAGGAAGGCUACAGAGAUGGACUACAGGCUGGCAAAGCAGUUGCCCUUCAACAAGGCUUCAAUCAAGGCUACAAAGAAGGUGCAGAAGUCAUUAUAAACUACGGACAACUCAGAGGGACAUUGAGUGCUUUGCUCUCCUGGUGUCACCUUCACGAUAAUAGCUCAGCUUUGAUCAGUAAAAUAAAUAAUCUUCUGGAUGCAGUUGGCCAUUGUGAAGAGUAUGUGCUCAAACAUCUGAAAUCAAGCACCCCACAGCCGAAUGUUGUAGAUUUAUUGGACUCUGUUCAGGACAUGGACCUUUGUCAUGUUUCUCCAGCUGAGAAAAAGAUGUAUGAAGCUGAAGAUGAAAGACUCGGUGAAAAUAAUGCUGAGUUUAACAAAAGCUGUAGCAAUAGUCUUAGCGGGGUAGGUUGUCCAUCUUUAGAAUGUUGUGGAACGCAGGAGCAUACACAUUCUGAAAACCCAAGCCUCACUUGGAUUUUAGAACAGACAGCUAGUUUGGUAAAACAGCUGGGAGUAUCGGUAGAUAUAUUACAGCACCUCAAACGACUAUGA